AUGAGACAACUUCAGCGAUUUUAUGAGACAACUUCAGCGAUAAUUGCAGAAACUCUGCGCAUACACCCAAUCUAUCCUUAUCUUAAAUGCGUGGCAAACGAGGAUUAUGAGACGACAACGCCAGGUCUUAUAAUAAACAGUGGCACUAAACUAUUCAUACCGAUUAAAGCAAUGCAAAAUGAUCCUGAAAUUUAUGCCGAACCAACAAAAUUCAUACCAGAACGAUUUGCUGUGGAAAAUCUGCACCAACGUCAGCUUCUUGCUUGGCUACCUUUCGGCGAAGGACCACGCAAUUGUAUUGGCAUGCGCUUCAGUCACUUCCUCAUUCGAAUUAGCCUUUUCUCGCUGCUGAGCAAAAACAAAUUCACGCCUACCUCUCGCACUCCAAUUCCGUUGGCAUACGAGGAAACAUCUCUAGUAUUGAGGCCCCAGGGUGUAUAUGCGUGCAGAUAGGCUGUAACGCAC